AUGGCUUCUUCAAUAAUCUCAUCGACAGUAGUUAUCUCCCUUAAUCGUGACAGCCCUGCUCAAGCUAGCUUGGUGCCUCCUUUCACAGGCCUCAAGUCUGGUUCAGCUUUCCCUGUAACUCGCAAGCUCAACAACGACCUCGCUUCUCUGCCCACCAAUGGUGGCAGAGUCCAAUGCAUGAAUGUGUGGCCUCCACUAGGGAAGAAGAAGUUUGAGACACUAUCAUAUCUUCCACCACUCUCAUCUGAAUCACUAGCCAAGGAGGUCGAUUACCUCCUUCGCAUGGGUUGGGUUCCCUGCUUGGAAUUCGAGUUAGAGCAAAGAUUCGUGUACCAAAAAAACAACAAAUCUCCAGGGUACUAUGAUGGCCGCUACUGGACAAUGUGGAAGCUGCCCAUGUUUGGAUGCACUGACUCCUCACAGGUGUUGAGGGAGCUGGAGGAAGCCAAGAAGGAAUACCCCAACUCUUUCAUUCGUAUUAUUGGAUUUGACAACAAGCGUCAAGUGCAGUGCAUCAGUUUCAUUGCUUACAAGCCUCCUAGCUCCAAGUAACCAUUAACUUCAUAGAUCAUGUGACCUA